AUGGAAGAGCUGACCGCGUUCGUCUCCAAAUCCUUCGAACAGAAAAACAAAGAUAAGAAAGAGGCGAUCACUUAUCGGGAAGUUUUGGAGAGCGGGUUAGCUCGAUCCAGGGAGCUGAGCGGCUCGGAUUCCAGUUGCCAGGACAUCACAGACACCAGUCAAUGCCCGACACACAUUUACAAGGAUAUAGAGAGUGAGAACGAGAAGGUGAAAGAAUUGAAUUCGGCCAGAAGUUCUGAAGGUAUUUAUGAAUAAGAGAAAAGAGAGGAUGUGAAAUCGGAAGACGAGGACGGGCAGACAAAGUUGAAGCAAAGACGUAGCAGGACCAACUUCACACUGGAACAGUUGAAUGAACUGGAGAGGCUCUUCGAUGAGACUCACUAUCCCGACGCCUUCAUGAGGGAAGAACUGAGUCAGAGACUAGGGUUGUCUGAAGCUAGGGUCCAGGUUUGGUUCCAGAAUAGACGAGCCAAAUGUCGGAAGCAAGAAAAUCAAAUGCAUAAAGGAGUAAUAUUAGGAACCGGAAGCCAUUUAGACGCCUGCCGCGUGGCUCCGUACGUCAACAUGGGAGCAUUACGGAUGCCCUUCCAACAGGUUCAGGCACAGCUGCAGUUGGACGGGGUGGCGCAUGCGCACUCGCACCUCCACCACCACCUGGCGGCGCAUGCUCCCUACCUGAUGUUCCCCCCGCCUCCCUUCGGGCUGCAGAUCGCCUCGAUCGCCGAGUCCGCCUCGGCCGCCGCCGCCGCCGCCGCCGCCGCCGCCGUCAAGACCAGCAGCAAGAAUUCGAGCAUCGCCGACCUGAGGCUCAAAGCCAGGAAGCACGCCGAGGCCUUGGGCCUCUGACAAUCAGCGGAGUCGGGUCGUCACCAUCUCCACCGUCCCCACCACCAAAACUCCCAGUGCCCGACUGGUGAUCAGUGCCAAACCUGUCAGUUUCAGAAACUCCUCUGUCAGUAUCAACAGUUGCACUACAUGAUGCAUAUGCAAGAUCCCAGCAUGGGAAACAGUAGCAGCAACUACAUGCCCGGAUCUCAAGAGCACUUCUAAAAACAAAAUCACUAAAGCUCUCUCUCUCUCUCUCUCUCUC